CUGCUUAAGCAGAAACAGGAACAAGGAAGUGAAAAGAACUUGGCCCCAUAGGCACCAAAGCAGAGUCAACGAAGGGGUUGCAGGUGACUUUUCCCACCAAGAAUUCCCAACAGGUGAGGCGAGUUCUCCUUCUCUAAGGAAGCCUUCUCCUUCAGACCUUCGGCAACUGUUGGAGCUUUUAAGACCUAGGAGACGAAGGUGAAACCCGGGCGGCCGCUGGGAUCAAGCUGAAACUGAAUUGCGGCAGGUGCACUAAGGGGUGAAAUGGGGAGUCCUGGAAAAUAUGUUGCUGAAGAGAUAAGUCAGCAGGUCAACGAUGCUCUGAGCCGUCUGCAAAACAAGCAGCUGUUCCAAACUACCUGGGACAUCGUGGCUUUUGCCAUUUUCUUCACUUUCAUUGGGAUGGUUCUCCUGCUGGCCCUCCUUGCAUUGAUCCGCUGUUGCUGCUGCGAUUGUGAGUCUUCUGGUUCAUACAAGAAGAUCAAGAAAAGAAAAGUUGGUAUUGAUAAUAUGGGCAUGGAGCCUUAGACUUAUGGGUGAUCACCUGAGCAACCGUCUUUACUGAUUUUUCUCUGCUAUGCUGGAAUUUAUUAUAAGAAUCAGAUCUCAUCUUGGAGGAACUGCAUGACAGGUGAGCCUCAAGAGGCUUAGAUACUCAAAUUAUGAUUCUUAGUCCAUGUCGGUUUGCAAUAAGCUUGGGGAGAACAAUUCAACAAUUCUCACCAUUACCAACUAUCAGCUGCUUCUGAUCAUUACCGACAAGAAGAGAUCUAACUAGAUACUUAGUCCAUGAGCAAUGAUAAUUCUCCUUUGCAAAGACAUGCAAACUUGAUCUUGCAAUCUACCAGUUGAUUCUGUCAGUGUGUGCUUUAAGAAUGGAGAAUAAAUCACAAAGUGUCUAUUUUGGCCAUCUUGUUCCCAUCAAAUACUGACAGCAAAAAGACAUAGCACUCAAGGGCUGUUGAGUAUGGGCUGUUUUUAUUGCCUAGAAUUGAUUUCUCUGUAGAAACAGGCCAGACAUUGUACCACCUUUGUAUGCCAUUGCUGUCUUUGUAAUGCUCUAAAACGUUGACCAAUUCAGGACAACACUAUAACCUCUUUUUCUAGAACUCCAGAUUUGUUCCUUUCAAUAUGCUGUGAUAAAUGUCCUAAUUCCAAUGUAAAAUGUAGUCUCAGAUUGCUGUGAAUCUUUUACUAUAUAGAGGCAGUUUCUGAUUUGUGUUGAAUAAAGUUGCAUUGGCUGUAAAGUAACCGAAGAAAAGGAACUCUUUUGAAGAUACCAUUCAAUCCAGGCUUUAGCAGAUCCAUCGGAGGGCGGGGAGAAUCUGCUUUUUGCACAUAAUAAAAACACCAUGUAGCAUGGA